AUGGCAUCAAUAUUGGUAGCGACCAAACUCAACUACUCAUCACCCAUUGAACUACGCAUUAGAGAUAUACUCAAUGUUGGAUACUAUGUAUUGACCAACAAGAAGUUACUCAUUGAUGAGACAUAUUAUACAUUGAAGGAUAACAUAAUCAAGAUGGAACAGGUAUUGUUGAGAACAUUGAGCUUCGAUGUAUCAUUAAGUAGUAGUGUCAAAGUACCACAUAACUAUUUGUUACACUUUGUACAUUUCCUGGAUGAUAGCAUUGCACAUGACAAACUACCAGUGAUUGGACAGAGUGCAUUGGAUCUUUUGAACGACUGUGCAUUGACUCCAUUGCCACUUCUAAUUGACAAUCCAUCAUCAUUGGCAUUUAUGUGUUUAUCAACUGCAAUCGAUCUCUAUGGCAAAAACAACAAAGACAUUAUUCCAAUUACCAAGGAUAGACUUGGACAAAUACUUGGUGUAGUUGUUGUUACUUCAGAAUCCAACAAUAACAACGAGAAAGUAGUAUUUGAAUGCCUAAUAGAUGAACUAUACCAAUGGAUGAAUGACUGCUCUCCGAUCAACUUUGCCAAUGACGUCCACAGCACAGACGCUAUGCUUUUGCAAGGGGUCAACACCAACUAA